GGACCCCAGAGCCCUCCCAGUCCGGCGGAGAGAGCCCUCUUAGGUCUCCCAGCCAUCUGCCUGCAGCUUGGGUCUUUCCCCCCUGGAAUCUGAGGCAGGCGCGCCCUUCCUUGGCCAGGCUGCCUUUCCCAGGCUGUGUGUGUGUGUUGUGUGUUGUGGGUUGUGUGUGUGAGGAGAAGGGCCAGGGAGGAGCUAGGAGCCGGGGAGCCCAGCGAGCCACCCAAUGCGGUAAAAGCUCUGGAAGGCAGGCAGGCGGGCAGCAGGGGAAGGAAGAAGAGGAAGAAGACACCAAUGCAGCACUGAGAGGAUGCUGCUGCUCAUCCCCAGCUAGAAGACACAGAGAGAAGAAGCCUGGCUCCUUCAGCAGCAUGGCAGCCGCCUUGUGAGGAGCCUGGCCCUUGGCGGGGAGGGAGCCUGGGCCCCGGGAGCCCCAGAGCCAGAGCCAUGCGGGGCCCCUGGCUCUCCUUGAUGCUGGGCGCCUGCUUCCAGAUGCUGGGCUCCGGAGGCGCUGGCGCCAGCAAGGCAGAUGCCUUGUUGACGGAGAUGGAGCGCAGGGACAAGGACCGUUUUAUGGAGAGGCAAAAUAUCGUCCCUUUCCGGCUCCUCUACAGUACAGAGGGAGCCAACGAGACCCAGCAGGAUGCCCUCAACACUCGCAUCUGGAGCAGCUUGGAUGGGAGGCAGUCCACUCAUAUUGCCCGAGCGAGCUUCCAGGUUGAUGCUUUUGGAUCGUCUUUCAUCCUGGAUGUAGAAUUAAACCAUGAUCUCCUGUCUUCAGACUAUCUCGAGAGGCACAUUGAACAUGGUGGGAAAAUGGUUGAAGUUAAAGGAGGAGAACACUGUUACUACCAAGGUCACCUCCGAGGGAAUCCAGAAUCAUUUGUCGCUCUAUCAACUUGCCAUGGACUUCACGGCAUGUUCUAUGAUGGGAAUCACACAUAUCUAAUUGAGCCAGAAGAGAAUUAUACUUCACAGGAAGAAUUCCACUUACAUUCUGUCUACAAAUCCAGAUUAUUUGAAUUUCCUUUGGAUGAUCUUCCAUCUGAAUUCUGGCACAUGAAUACCACAUCACAGAAGUCUGUUGUGAAACCAAGACACAAAAGAAGAAAAAGGCAGAUCCAUCAGAGUGCACAUCAGUUUGAAAAGGAUAUGAAAUAUGUUGAGCUAAUGAUUGUAAAUGAUCAUCUAAUGCUGAAAAAGCACCGGUUAGCAGUCAUCCAUACAAACAGCUUUGCGAAAUCAGUAGUGAACAUGGCAGAUUUAAUUUAUAAAGAACAACUGAAGACCAGGAUAGUCUUGGUUGCCAUGGAAACCUGGGGUACUGAUAAUAAAUUCACCAUAUCUGAAAAUCCACUGGUGACUCUACGUGAAUUUAUGAAAUAUAGGAGGGAUUUUAUCAAAGAGAAAAGUGAUGCAGUUCACCUUUUUUCGGGGAGCCAGUUUCUCAGCAGCCGCAGUGGUGCAGCCUAUAUUGGGGGCAUUUGUUCACUACUGAAAGGUGGCGGAGUGAAUGAAUUUGGAAAGGCAGAUUUAAUGUCCGUUACUUUGGCACAAUCCUUAGCUCACAAUCUUGGCAUUUUCUCAGACAAAAGAAAACUACAGAGCGGUGAGUGCAAAUGUGAAGAUACCUGGUCUGGGUGCAUAAUGGGAGACACUGGUUAUUACCUUCCAACCAAAUUCUCCAAAUGUGACAUUGAGGAGUAUUAUGACUUUUUAAAUAAUGGAGGUGGAGCCUGCCUUUUCAAUAAGCCUUCCAAGCUCCUUGAUCCUCCAGAAUGUGGCAAUGGCUUUGUUGAAGCUGGAGAAGAGUGCGACUGUGGUACUCCAGCAGAAUGUCUCAUUGAGGGUGGAGAUUGCUGUAAUUCCUGCACCCUAACUGCUAACUCUCAGUGCAGUAAUGGACUUUGCUGUACAAAAUGUCAGUUUGAAGCCAAAGGAGUUGUCUGCAGAGAAGCUGUAAAUGAUUGUGAUAUUUCAGAAAGUUGCACAGGAGAGUCUGAUCAGUGUUCUCCAAAUCUCUACAAAAUGGAUGGGUAUUCGUGUGAUAGCGGGCAAGGCAUUUGUUUUGGAGGACGAUGUAAAACAAGGGACAGACAGUGUAAAUAUAUUUGGGGAGAAAAAGUGACAGCUGCUGAUAAAUACUGCUAUGAGAGGCUGAAUAUAGAAGGAACUGAGAAAGGUAACUGUGGCAGAGAGAGAGAUACUUGGAUACAGUGCAAGAAUGAAGAUGUUCUCUGUGGAUAUCUCCUGUGCUCCAAUAUCGACUCUAACAUCCCAAGACUAGGGGAGCUUGAUGGUGACAUCACAUCAAUAUCUCUCCAAACUUUAGAAAAGUCCUAUGUUUGCAGUGGUGCUCAUGUUAAGCUAGAAGAAGAUGCAGACCUUGGCUAUGUAGAAGAUGGGACACCUUGUGGUCAAGGAAGGAUAUGUUGGGAACACAGAUGUCUUUCUGUGGAUUCUUUUAACUUCAGUUCCUGCCCAGGAAGUACAGGAGGCAACAUUUGUUCAGGACAUGGAGUUUGCAGUAAUGAAAUACAAUGUAUCUGUGACUCAUUCUGGACUGGUGAAGAGUGCAAUAAACACCUUGCAGAACCACCAAUUGGAAUAAUUCCAGAUAGUUCAGGUGUCACUAGCACAAAUAUAAUUGUAGGUGCUAUUGCUGGUACUAUUUUAGUGUUGGCUCUGAUUCUGGGUAUAACUGCAUGGGGUUAUAGAAACUAUCGAAGACAGAGACAAAUUCCUCAGGGAGAUUAUGUUAAAAAGCCUGCUGAGGCCGACUCCUUGUAUAGCGGCAUGGGUCCUGGAGUCAGCACAAAUUCUGCAUCUAGUUCUAAGAAGAGGUCUGCUUUUCUGUCGCAUUUUCAGAUUUCUACCUGUUCCAUCACACAUUAUUCCAUUAGUCAGAACCUUUCAUUGUUUUGCAGCAGGUCAAACGGAUUAUCUCAUUCAUGGAGUGAAAGAAUCCAAGAUGCAAAGAACCAUUCAGAAAUCUGUCAAAAUGGGAGACCAAGGAGUAACUCAUGGCAAGGCAAUAUAGGAGGAAACAGAAAGAAAGCCAAAGGCAAAAGAUUUAGGCCACGGUCUAAUUCAACUGAGACUCUUUCUCCUGCAAAGUCCCCAUCAUCAUCUACUGGUUCCAUUGCAUCCAGCAGAAAAUACCCAUACCCAAUGCCUCCACUUCCGGAUGAAGAGAAAAGGGCCAACAGAAUAAGUGCCAGGCUAUGGGAGACUUCCAUUUAGUUCCACUGCCUACCUGAGCUGACCCCAAGAACUGUUUACUUCAGAUUUUAUACAAACUCAGCAUCACUGAGUUGCUGAACAUUCAUCUGCUAAGUGGACAAUUGGACAGCACAAGAGAUGCUACACAGCAAGGAGCCAACAAGUUCUCCUGAUAAAAGAAAAGUCAAUUUUCUGCAGUUGUUUGAGAUUUUAUCAAUUUCACAUAAAGGACAAACAAACCAUUUAUAUAUAUAUAUAAAAGUAACUGGGGAUACAUGGGCCUGAAUAAGUUUAUUCCGCAUGAUGACAGAUGAUAUGUAGGCAUUCAGAUAAAACUAAUUUGAGUCCCCAAAGUGCCCCCCUCCUGGUCUAACAUAGUUCCCAAAACAUGAAAAAAAAUCAGAAUUUGGUAUAUAAACAUUUAUGCCGUAUGCAUGAACCCCUCUUUGCCACUUUUCAUGUGUAAGGGAUUAGUCAUUAUACUGUAGAAUUAGCAUGCGGGAAUAAGAGAUAUGUUUUCCACAAGUGGGAUCUGAAGAGGCAGACAUCUUUGACAUAACCAUCCAUCCACGCAAAGAGACUUAUCAAAAAUGUUUUGUGAUUAUAUUCUCAGUAGAAACCCAUAUCAAUAUUUUUAAAGCUGUAAAAUAUCAACAGUUCUAUUAUAUAGUGUGGUGGGUUUUGUUUUUGUUAUUCCUGAAGUACACUCAUGACUUAAACCAUCAGAGAAUCUAAGGGCCUUACUAGAUGUGGCACGUGAGAUCUAUGGAUAGGGAGGGGCAGUAGGUCAGUAGCAAAGCACAAGGUUUGCUUGGAAAAUGUUCCAGGUUCAACCUCUACCAUCUCCAGGUAGGGAUGGGGAAAGACCAUCUGUCUGAAAAGCUGGGGAAUCAUUGCUAGUAUAGUGUAGACAGUAAUUUAAAAUAUGGCCCUGUGGUCUUAUUUGGCAUAAAACACCAUUCUGUGGCAGGGUUUUUAUAACAAAUAGUAUUAAGUAUAAUAGCAGUACAAACCAGAGAAACUAUUAUUUGAGUUGAGUUUGACUACAAUGCUAAACAGGAGGGAAGGUUUUCACUCAGCUUUUCUCCUUAUUGGUUCCUAUUUCUCCAUGACUGCUGUGCGGGAGUUCAUGAAUGACCUUGCUUCAUGUUGCAGGGUCUAGAAUGGUUUUCUGGAUCUGUGUAUAACAGGAAUCCGUGUGAAGAACUGUACUGCUCCCUCCCACUGAACUCACGUGGACUAAACUGGAGUAUGCUUUUAAAUUCAUGACUGGAAUCACUGCAGCUAAUGUAACAGUGGCCAAAAUGGCACAUUUGCUGUAUGUUGUACACAUCUUAUUUUUUUAAAUUCAACUAUCCAGAACUAUAUUUCAAUGAUGGCACCUUUUAUCCUGUUCACUGGCAUAGUACUUCAUAAAUAGCACAAAAAUGUGGGCAAACAGGAGCUGUCAUAUGAGUGGCUUGAUUGAAUUACCAGAUAUAAUUAUAUAGGAUAAGUGGAACAGCACACAAGAUGCUCCAUCAGUGUUCUAUACUUGCUGCUCAUUGAUGAAUGUGCAUAAAUUGAUAACAUUCCUAAUGCAUGAAGCCUGAGCUCAUUGUAGUUGAGUGUUUUUUGUUUUGCUUUUACAAAACAGAGGGAACUUUGUAAUGGUAACAUAAUGUUGCCAGUGUAACAUAAUGCUACCGUUCAUUAUAUGGGCCUCAUUAUUCCAUCUGUUCGGCAUCUGUAACACAAAAUUGCAAGAGAUUGGAGAUUGGUGAAUGGAAAGGGGGAGCGAUCUUUUCAGAGACCUUUAGGAUGCAAUCCAGUACACACUUGCUUGGAAGUAAUACCUCUUGAAUUUGGCUGGGCUUAAUUCUGAGCAGACACGCGUAGGAUUGCUCUGUAAAAUUCUAAAAUUAAUGGUGCUCCGAUCAAGCUUGUAAGGUCCUCUUCCCAAUUUCAUUUCAAAAUUGCUGUGACACAAUGAUUAUUUUAACUUUCUUGUAAUUCUGUGGUGCAAGGUUCUCUUUCCAUGAUGCCUAAUUGGCAACUUUUUAUAUAUAAUUCAGAAUUUGCAGUGUAAACAAACUUGAGACAGAGUAUUGAGAGUGAUGUGAUAUUUUCUUAUUACAUCAUUGAGAACAUAAGAAAAGCUACGUUGGAUUACACCAGGGUACUAUCUAGUCCUACAUUCUGGGAAGACAUAGGUAGAGGAACGAUCUGGGCAAAACAUUACCAGUUACUUCUUGGGGAAAAGGAGAACACCAUCUAUGUGGAUUCAAGGAUAUCGUUUCUUCUACUGAGAAAAUUGGUACUGAAAAAAAAUCUCACAGUUAAAAGCAAUGUUAGGCAUAUAGUAUCAUCUGGUAUUUUGACAGUAACAGAGUGGGAACAUAAUCUGCAUUUCUGAAUCUUCUACCUCUUUCACAUAAUUCCUUUGACAGGUGUGUUGCCAUGCAUGAACUUCCUUCAUGUAACAGGACUUACUUAUUUGGAAACAAAAAAUCACUUCUAUGAGAAUGUCAGUUCUGUGAGACGCUAAAGUUAAGGUACUUAUAAUGGUAUCUCCAAUUGUAAAAUAUGUAAGACUUUGAAAAUAUUAUAUUUAUAAGACUUUGCCAGUUAUAUUUAUACAAUACUGGCAUUGCAGUCAUGAAUAACGCUAUAAGAGGCAUAACAUUUUGGUAAGUAUUUUGAUUUGUAAUGAGUAAGACUCAGAGAAAAUAUACAAAUUCCCAUAUAAGAAAAUGUUUGAAAGAAUAUAGAAUGUAUCUACGUAUCUAUCUAUCUAUACACACACACAUAUAUAUUAAAAAAUCUAAUUUUGCAAAUUUAUAAUAUAAGCCAGAGUUUUGGUGGAUGAAUGCAUUAGGUCUGGGGAAAAUCUGGCUGUAAUUGUAGGUUUGUUUCAGUGGAUUUUGAGUGAAUUUCUGAAACAUUUCCCACCAAGUCAGAGGAAAAUUAAAUGCCCAACUGUAUAUUUAUUGCAAAAAAUAAAAUAAACAACCUGUCCCCUUAGCUUUUUAGAUGCAAUAUCUAGAUGUUUAUCAUGUGCCUUUUUGAAUUUUUUCUUUUGAUACAAAACCAUGUGUUGUUCAAUAUAGACUGGUGAUGUUUUCUUUGUCUUCCCCCAUUCAUCUAUUGUUUUCAGAGUCUUAAGAAGAAUGAAGAUGCCUUUUGUUUUGGUAGACAAAGCUGAUUGUGAGAUGAUAGCUGAGGUACUUUAUAGCAUUCAUUAAGAAAAUGACCUUCUGUGUAGUAAAUGACAUUGCUGGCCACUACUAACAUUUGUAAAUAUUCAGUCACCUGGUCAUCUUGAUGUGAAGUUAAAUAUAAGUUUAAUAAAUUUUUGCUUUUACUUCUGUGGUCUAGUUCAGGAUUUCUCAGCUCACAAAAGUGUCUGGCCUUGUUGUGUGAAAGGGUCAUGGAUGCAAAUCAAUAGGAACUGAAGGGUGAAUCGGGGGUCAAUAAGGUGGACUCUUGAAAGGAAAGGAAAAUGCUAAGAUUAUAGUAAGAUUUUUUAAAAAAAAAUUAUGUGGAUUGCCUUGGAUAUCUGUCUUUGGAUUAAGGUGGAGAGACAGAAAGAGAGAUGGGAAAAUUUACUUUUUAGAUUAGAGCUCCCACAGUCCCCCGUGCUGAGGCUAUGCAGAUCUUAGAAUAUCUCUCUUAGUGAUAUCUGUCUCAUAUAUCUAGCUGUCUUCAAGAGAUGUCCCUGUUUGAGCACAGGCAAAGACAAUGGAAACUUCCUUGCAAUACUUUGUUCUGUAAUUCUGAGUUUGACUAUUUUUCUUUCAGCACAUAUAGUUCAUGGGAGGAAAGGAAAUCAUCUUUUGGAUAUGAUUUCCUAUCCUCUUAAAUGCUUUACAUUUGGAUGACUGUAUUCUUAUGACUGGGCCCAAAUACUCAAUAAGCACCAGAUUAUUUCUGUUUGAUCUUGCAAGCUAAAUAGGGUCAGCCCUGGUUAGUAUUUGGUUGGGAGACUGCCAAUGAAUACCAGGUGCUGUAAGCUAUGUUUCCGAGGAAGAAACUGCCAAAACCAUCACUUGAGUAAUCCUUACCUAAGAAAACCCUGUGAAAUGUAUAGGGUCACCAUAAGUUGACAGGUGACUUGAAAGUACAUAUACACAUAUUCUUAUGACUCUUGACUGCACAAAAUAAAAUUGACAGUUGGCUGGAACAUGCAUUAAACCCGUGUGUCUUCUAUCUUAUUGUGCUCCAACUUAUUUUAAGUUAUUUCAUUUGUCCAAAGCUGUUCGCAUCAUUAAUCAUUGCAUCAGUAAGCAUUUAAAACAGGCAAAUCUAACUAAAAUGUUUAACCAUUGCCAUGUUUAACCAUGCCAUGUGGCAUUCUUUUUAAAUGUGACAUUUACCAAUAUCAUUCAGUUAUAUUUGCUUACAAUUUCAUGCGUGUGAUUUUUUAAAAAAAUAUCUUCAUUAAUUAUUUUCAUAAUCACACAAAUACUACAUCUUACUUAUUAUGAUACAAUAAAUUUCUUCUUCAUGUGUGUGAUUUUGGAUGUCCACCAAAAACAUCUGAAUAAAGUAUAUAAUGGUAGUUUUGUGUAUGCAUAGGAUAAAAAAAAGGUUUUGUUAUCACUUAGUUUGGAGUUUUUUUCAGUUAUAAAGAGAUUUAUAAAAACACCUUAGUGAAUGGUUUCUAGUACACUUCCUAUUGUAGUGUAUGGAGAGUCUUUAUAGGUUGAAAGUAUAUUUGUAACAGGGAAGCACCUUAAGUAUUAGAAUCCUUUUCUUUUGUACAGUUUGCAUACAAAAUGGGCAAAUUAUGUUUUGCUCACAGAUAAAAUCCUAGAGAAAUAAUUAUGUAUGAAAAAAAUGUGAUAACUGUUUCCAUGUUAAAACCUUUACAGCAAUGCUGUAUAUGUUGAAUCAAAUGUUCAGUCCUAUUAUAUGUAAUAAUGGGGCUUAUCCCCAGGUAGGUGUGCCUUAGAUUGUAGACUUACACUACUAGUAUAAAGACAACAAUAGUGUCAUAGCUUUGGUACCAUUUUUAAGUACUACUAGAGGUAAGACUAAAACCCAAUAAAUAAGUUUGAUAAUUAUUUGAGAAAUAAUUAUUUCCCAGCUGAAAUAGAAUUACAGGCAUAGUUACAACCAGUUUUGUGUUUUCAGAAAUGCAGAGUUGAUACUUCCUCCCAUUGCUAAGGCAUUCUUUUACCUGUGCACCUAGUAGACAUUCAUUCAUUCAAUGUGCAAUCUUCAUCCUGAGGCUGAGCUGAACUGUAGACCUUGUGGGUGUGUUUUGGUACUUUUCUGUUUCGUUCCCAGCCCCCAAAAUUUCUUUGUUACCUAGCAUAAGGGGAGAGUUCCAGAGAACUCAAACCCUUGCACACUUUUGUAGCAUUUUGCUUGCUCUUGAAAAAGUUCUUUCCCAAUCUGUGGAUUUUGUGUUUACUCAUAUAUUAGAAUAGCUACCUUCAAAUUUUAUUUUUUAAAAAAAUACUUAUUGAAACUUGUAGAACAUUGUAAUAGCAUUUCCAUCUC